AUGGCAGAUACGGUGCCCGUCGAUGUCGCUGAACCUCGUGGCACUCCGCAAGAAAUCCACCCACGUCAUGAAAACGAAUCCGAAAAGACGGUUGACAUUGGAGAGAGCCCUUCCACUCUCCCGAAGUUAGACGAACCCCCUCCCGACGGCGGUUAUGGCUGGGUAUGCGUUGCUUGUAACUUCUUCAUCAAUGGACAUACCUGGGGGAUCAACUCCUCGUACGGCGUCUUCCUGUCCUAUUAUCUGAAUCACGACUAUUUCCCGAAUACGUCCGCUCUGGCGUAUGCUUUCAUCGGCGGCCUCUCUAUUUCCCAGGCCAUGCUCAUUGCGCCUCUAGCCACUCGCAUCAUCCACCUCUACGGCUCAAAAGUUUGCCUCCAUCUGGGCGUCUUUUUUGAAACCCUCUCCCUCAUUGGCGCUAGCUUUGCCACGCAGAAAUACCAGAUCAUCCUGGCCCAAGGGUUCUGCUUUGGCUGGGGAAUGGGCUUCUUGUUUGUGGGCUCCGUCGGCAUCAUAGCACAAUGGUUCACCACGAAACGCAGCGUGGCAAACUCGAUCGCCGCGGCAGGUUCUGGCCUCGGUGGCUUGAUGUACUCACUUGUCACUCAACGGAUCAUCGAUACAAUGGGUCUUCCGUGGGCUUUUCGCAUCCUGGGAAUCUGUUCUUUUGCGGUCAAUCUGACGGCGUCCAACCUCAUUCGCGACCGCAACAAACAAACCGGGGCGCGCCACAAGGGAUUUGACACCAAAAUCCUCCGCAAACCCGAAUUUCUGCUCGUUCAAGGCUGGUCCUGGUUCAGUAUGUUCGGUUACACAAUCUUGCUCUUCUCACUGCCCGCCUACGCGCGAUCCAUAGGAUUGAGUGCAAAACAAGGCUCGGUCCUUGGAGCGAUCCUGAACCUGGGUCAGAUGAUUGGACGACCUUUCAUCGGUCUAUCUUCCGAUCGCUGGGGUCGCAUCAACCUUGCCGCCUUCCUCAGUAUUCUGUGUGGCAUUUUCUGCUUCGCCUUCUGGAUUCCUGCCGAAACGGUCUCUUCUCCAAUGGGGCUAUUGUGUUUCUUCGCUAUUGUUGGUGGUGCCUUAGCAGGGACCUUUUGGACAACCAUUGCCCCUGUCGGCGCCGAGGUGCUGGGACUUCAGGAUCUCCCUGCUGGGUUAUCACUGACAUGGGUGAUCAUGGUGCCACCCACGACAUGUGCAGAAGCAAUAGCUCUGGAGCUUCGACGAAAGAAUACAGAGAACUGGAUCUACCUCCCGCCCCAGAUCUUCACAGCCUUUAUGUAUAUCGGCGCAGGCCUGUGCUUAUGGGUGGUCAGGGGAUGGAAAGUCGGCGAGUUGAAGUGGAAGGCACGAAUGAUGAUGGAAAAGGAACGAAGGCAGGAGAGGAUUCUGCUGGACGAGAAGCACUCCUUCACAGAAAAGGAUCGUGCAGGGAGGCCAGAAAUACGAGGUGGGAGUCUUGCUGAGGCUGGUCCUGAGGCCGACGAAGUGGAAGUCCAACGCUUCAUGAGAAGGGAGAUAUGGGGGCCGCGGAAUCUCCUCAAGAACAUGAUUGCAUGGCAAGUUGUGUAG